CCUCUGAUAGUCAAGCUGAGAAUGCUCAAGCCAAACCAGAUGAAAUUCCAGCGAUGGAGAAUAACUAUCUGACCAAUAAGAGUAGCCAUGAGAAAGCAUCUAAAAAGGCAUUGCACAAAGAGAGCCUAUUCAAACAUAUGAGGAACUGAUCAUCUGAGACGAAGAGAUCAUUCAAGAAAGGCCUAAACAACAAACUAGUACAAAAGAAGUCACCUAAUAUUGAUAAAACCGAUAAGAAUGAAAACCAAAUAGAGGCAGCCUCUACUGAUAAAUGCUCAAAAAGGGGCUCCAAUCAGUUUAAUUAUUCCAACAACAGCCUAAGCAAAAUGGAGAAUAAAUACAGAAAAGAGAGGAUCAAGACAGAGUCACUAAAUUUUGAAGCGACAAAAGAGAAUGUAGCUAAUGUGUGAACUCCUGUGUCUCAGAUAGAUUUCUAUGCCACAUCUGAUCCUGCAAUGAAACAUUACACUUCGCUCACCUCUGAAGUAAAAGUUAAAAGUCAUUACUUGACUUCUUCUCAAGAAAUGCAUCACUCUCUAUCUUCGUUGCGCCAAAAAGGGUCGAAUUUUAAAUCUACGAAUCUGAAGAAUUCAACUCUUUUAACUAAGAAAUCACUUUCAAAAGGACUGAAAUCACACUGUGUAAGCCCAAGGAAGUCUUUUAAUCCCAAGAGUAACUUCUUCUAUGAUCCUAAGCCAAAGAGUAUCACUUCUCCUGUUUCUCGAGCUAGCUCCAAAGAUCAACCGAAGCUUCCAGUUAGACUCAAGACUCGCCGUAAGACAAAUCCUUCAAAUGACCGUCUCUUUGGCUUGGGUCUCUCUUCAAAGAAGAAGAUGCCAAAAUUUGCUCAGAAGACAUGCACACCUAAGUCUCAUUACUAUGCACCUCGACUAUUUACUCAAAAUUCUACCGGCAAGAAAGAUGCUCAGAUUGCAAAGAAGGAUAGAUUAAUUACCGUACCGAAGAAGUUUAACGGGAAGACUUUCACCAAGAAGAAGAUCAAGAAGAAAGCAGAAGUCAAACCCUGACCAACAGUAAAGCCCGAAGAGAAUUAA